AUGGCUGGAUUCCCCAAUCUUCAACCGAAGGAACCAAAGAACAAGUCUCCUAAUGAUGAUGACAAUGGUGGUGGUGAUGACGAGACUCUUAUAGAUGGGUCUUUCAAUAAACCGUCGCAGUUAGUGUAUAUUCCUGGUGAGAGUCACUUAUCCCAUGACGGGACAACUUUACUUGAUGGCGUAGAAGGAAGUAGCUCGUCAGAUGCUACACGAGGAAUGGCAUUUCAGAAUCAUCAGCAUAUCAAUGCCUCAUUGCAACAACUUAAGUAUAACGACAACAAACUAUCAUUGGAUAGAUCUAUUAAUCAGACCAUCGAACUCAUUGAUGAAAUUAUAAAAGAGAAUAAAGAGCGGCCUGUUUUCUACCCAACUGAAAUUGAAGACGGAUCAAAAAUCUUGUUGAACAGUGCAAAGGCACACUUGGGUUUAGUGAGACAAAAUUCAAGCAUUAAGCAGUUGGCAAAACAAAAAAUUAAGGAAGAAGAUGUUAUCAGUAAGGAAUUACCAGAAUUUAAGAUUUUGAAAAUCAACAUUCGCGGCGGCCACGGCGACGACAAUUUGGUUUCGAACUUGGACAAGAAAUCCAUAGCUGCAUUAUUGGAGAAGAAACUCCAUGGGCAAACCAAAUACUUGCUUAACUUGAAAGAAAGAGUCGACGACACUUCGUCAAAAGUGUUUGUUACAGGAGAUUUGAAUGCAGGAAAAUCCACCUUCUGUAAUGCCCUUUUAAGAAGGAAGCUCCUUCCGGAAGAUCAACAGCCAUGUACAUCUGUUUUCUGUGAAGUUAUUGAUGCUCAAAAAGAAAACGAUGAAGUCGAAGAGGUCCAUGCUAUUCCUAUAGAGAAGGAGUACAAAAAGACUGAUGAAUCUACGUAUGAAGUACAUCCGCUACUGGAAUUAGAAGACUUGGUUUAUGACUGUGACAAGUACAAGUUAUUAAAGGUGUAUGUGCUUGAUAAUCGUUCCUUCCAAGAGAGUUUGCUCCGUAAUGGAGUUAUUGACGUGAAGCUAAUUGAUGCGCCAGGGUUGAAUAUGGACUCAUACCAAACAACCCAAGUCUUUUCACGUCAAGAGGAGAUUGAUUUGGUUGUUUUUGUGGUUAGUGCCGAAAACCACUUUACCUUGUCAGCCAAAGAAUUCAUUGCUGCGGCUGCUAAUGAAAAGAGGUAUGUUUUCAUAGUUGUGAACCGAUUUGACAAUAUAAAAGAUAAGGAAAAGUGUAAAAAGAGAAUUUUGGAUCAGAUCAAGAACCUUUCACCUGAUACAUACAAGAAUGCAAAGGAGUUUAUUCAUUUUGUAAGCUCUACUGAGAUUAAUGGAGAUGGAGGAGGUGGAGGAGGUGACGGUGACGAUGGUGACGGUGAUGGCGAUGAUGAUGGCGACAGCAAUAAUAACAAUAACCCCGACCACCCAGACUUUGAUCUCCUUGAGGCUUCAUUAAGAAAGUUUCUUUUGGAGAAGCGAUCAAUAUCAAAAUUGCUACCUGCAAAAAGCUAUCUUCUCAAUUUGUUGCAUGAUUUGCAAACGUUGAGCAAGAUCAACGAAAAAAUUUAUAAUGACGAAAGACAAGAUAAAUUGUUGGAGCUUAAUAGCCUGGUUGCUCCAAAAGUUGAUGAGAUUAUUUCAAAGUCCCACAAAAUUGCCGACACUAUCAACUCGGUUAUUGAAGAAACAUGCACUCAAGUGUACAACGGCACCACCCAAGAAAUGGUUACUGUAAUUGAUAAUCUAGGUGAUAAGCCAGUCGUUCAAUAUGAAGGAUUGCAAUAUCUUUUUGAGUAUGCAAAGGAGUCACAGUUGGCAUUGAUGGAUGUAAUUUACGAUUCCGUAUUGAAAAGCGAAGAAUUAGCAAAGCAAGUAACUGCAGCAAAAGUUGAUGAAAUCACAAAAUAUGGUAAAACCACAUUGGGCGAGGAGUUUCUCAACGACAAGAGAUUCAAUUCUGAGUUGAUGUUCUCUAGGCUUAAGGAUGAUAUUGGAAAAAACAUUGAAGAUACUGUUGAGGUGUCUGAUUUCUUUGAUCCAUCAGUCGACUCAUUCUUGGUAUUUGUUGGAUUGCCUGAACACUAUCUAAAGGCUACGAAGCAGCAAAUAUCAUACUUUAACCCUGUUUCUGUCAUCACUUCAAUACCAUCCAAUGCGGUAGCAUUGAAGGAACAAUUACCCACUCAAUUGACUUUGCACACAAUUUAUUCAUCGGGUAAGCUUUUGACGACGGGUGCAUUGAUCAAUAGAUUGUACCACUUUAGUAACUACGUGACUCCCAACACAAUCAAAAGAGUUGCAGUUCCUGUGCUUAUUGGAGUUUCGGGUAUUGCCAUUUACUACCUUAUAAGUGAUAUUCCCAAUGCCUUAUCCAGAAAGCAAGCUAGAAAGAUCAAAAAGAAGAUUCAAGAGAUGAACUAUGUUCACAACAAUUCCAUACGUAUAGCUGGCGAAUGUCGACAAGUAUUGAACUAUCCUUCAAGGCAAGUUAUGAAUAGUUUCCAAACUAGUAUUGACAAGAACUUGUCGCAGAAAAAGAAAUUGGAAUCUUACAUCAAAGACGCGGAAAUCAGUUCUGGGUUCUUUAAGCAAUUGUUGAUGAAAGUUAAUGAUCAACAAAGGGUUUUGAAAGAAAUUGAUUUGGAGAGUCUCAAUUUUGUUGAUUAA